UAUGCAUAUGCUAGUUUUUGUCGACAAUGGAACAGUGACUUACGCAGAUCUGCAUCGUUGCCCCAGCGAUGACAAUAAUCUGACGUUUAUUGUUUACACUACAGUCGUCUUGUUUGUUUACACGGAGUGGAAAUGUCUGAAGAUGCUGAGAACAGUGCUGGAAAGCAAAGCGAUAAAACAGAAGGAGAUGGUGAACGUAAUGAGUCUGCUGAAAAGUGGAUCAUAGAGGCACAAACUAAAUUUAAGUCAUUGUCACUUGAUGAGCAGGUGAAGUUUUUUGGCUUUCUUUUAGAAGGAACAACUCCAGAAGUACGCUACAAAAUAUUUAAAGAAGUGCACAAAUACUUUCAUCAUGACAUACUAGUCUUUCUUCCAGUGGAAUUACAGGAGUACAUAUGUCAUUAUGUUGACGUUGUAUCAUUGAUACAAGCAUCCUGUGUGAAUAAGGAGUGGAAUAGGGUAAUUGAUUCACUGAGUGAUGUCUGGCGGAGAAAGUACUUUUUGCUUGGAAAUAAGCAAAGAGGGAAAGAGGAAAGAGACUGGAAAGCAGCUUGUCUGAGAACACUAAAGUUGCGCACUGCUAUUUCCAAUGGCUCAGCAUAUCAUCAUCAUAAUGUGAGAGCAAUCUGUUUAAGCUCAGACCAAAUAACUGGAUUAGACUGUUGUAAGGACUUGUUAGUUGCUUGUUCUGAUGAUCAAGUUGGUGUCUGGAGUACUAAGGAUUAUGAACUGAUAAGCAUACUUACUGUACCAUACCGUGUCUCAUGCCUGAAGAUAGAUAUUGGUGACAUUUUGGCAUGUGGUCACAGCUCGGGACACAUUACGACGUGGUCACUAAACUACAGAGAUCACGAAUGCAGACCAGCUUCGAGGCUCAAAUACCGUGGUCAUACUGGUGUGGUAAUUAGUGUCAGCUUAAGUGCAGAAAUUGACUUGUUGGUUAGUGGUGCUACAGAUUAUACUGCCAAAUUAUGGUGUAUUAGCACCGGGCAGUUAGUGAGAACAAUAGUGGAACAAAGUCGCUGGAUUAUUCAGGUCACACUUUUGCCAGUAUACAAAGGAUCGAAUCCAAAAACUUUAUCUAAAGACAAAAAUUCCUUGCUUAUAAAAACAAGAGACCAAAUUAAAAUAUUUUCAUGGUGUGCAUAUUUUGAUUGUUGCCCUUAUGGUGAUGUGAAUUCGUUAGAAGAUGGUGUUGUGCAAUAUCCCUUGAAUGCUGUCCACAAUUUCCAAACCCCAGGAUGUUUUGUUCAAGGAGGAAAUGUUGUGUAUAUAAAUCAAACAUUGGCACGAAGUGAUGAACCUGGAAAUGCUGAAAUUGUGUUUGAAAAUUUAGAGAAGCAGCAAUGCACCAAGAGAAUACGUUCCUUUUACAAAGUUCGGAAGCUUUUAGCAGUUGGUGACAGGUUUGCUGUUUUGCUGCUACCACACUGUGACAAUUUCAUGUCCAAUCUCCUUAUAGUGGAAAUAAGUACAGGUGAAGUAGUGGGAGGAACUAUUGUGCCACAUUCCAGGGUCAUAACGAUACAUCCACCCCUGAUCUGUCAUGGUUAAGCAGCUAAAGAAGUUGUCCAGAUGGGCCUACCAUACCCGUGACAGUUCCAGUGCUUCCUCGGUUCAGCUGGCUUUUCAAACAGGUAUGGGCUAUCGGGAAACUCGGUGAAUGGUGACCUUUAUCAUGUUCAAAUUAUUGUGUGAGAUGCUGAAACCUUAUCGAUGACUGAUUGUGACUUUCUCCACUGUCAUGGUGAUGUACAGCUCUUUGUGUGCCAGGGCUUCCACUUGUCUUUCAGGUCCUUCAGAGAGGGAGAGGGAGAGAGAGAGAGAGAGAGAGAGAGAGAGAGAGAGAGAGAGAGAGAGAGAGAUGGUGUGCCACUUGAUUCUUUACCAUUGAGACUACUUUGACCACACUGGCAGGGUGUAAACCACCUGACUACCAUGCCAUACCCUGGUGCAUUGUUGCUGUGCACGUCCAGUACCUCGACAUAGAUAGUCACUGUGUCAUUCCCUUUCAAAUGCAGAAAACAAAUACCCACACGAUACUCCACUCUACCAAUGGGUCCCCUAGAGAAGUACUAUGGCAAUAUACUAUAAGGAUUUCAUUGUGUGCUGUGACUGUAGAGAAACAUACCUCCAAACAAACAAAAAGUCACCUAUGUAACUAUAUAUUCGCGAGGCGAUAACUAAAAUUUUGUGCUCAUACUCUUGACACUCCCUUAAACUAUACGGAUGUACUCAAUUGAAAUGUGAAACGGCAAAUUGUUUUCUAUGGGACCUUGUGUAGAACAGCACUGUACUACUAAGAUAUUGAGCUCAUAUUUGGGAAUGUCAGUGUUAAAGUCCCCAUUCAGCAGCUAGAUGUAUAUUUUUUACAGUUUUCUUGAAUAACUUAAAGCUGAUGCCGCUGUGGGUUGUUUGUAAAGGUGAAGACCAAUUUCCUGUCCCAGACUCAUCCAGCACAAAUUUCUGCUCUCUUACAACCACAACAUUGGCAGACAUGGAACUCUUAAUCUGUCUCAUAGAGGAGUAUGUCAUUUCCUUUGGUGUGCUUUUCAAUUGCUGUAUUUGUUGUUCCACUCUGUCACUAAGUUGAACGAGACUACACAUAAUUCCUAUAAAAGUAAAAAUAAAAAUUUCAAAAUUUAAUGGAGUAGGUGCCUUUUUUUCCAUUUGUAUGCCACAUUUUCUCUGGGAGUGGUCUUUUGGUGUUUUUUUAAUAAAAUAUAAUCCAAUUCAAAGAAGUUGUGCUUGAAGUAUGAUGCAACUUAGAAGUGUGAAACAUAAAUAAAUCAUGAAAUCUCAGUUCCAAACCAAUAAUCUAUCUUUGAAUUUGUUUGAAACAUAUUAAAGAGAGUGCCUUAAUUUGAUUCAUUGGAUUCCAUAAUACCAUGUGAGACAAAGCUACUUGGCCAUGGAACUAGUCCCUACAUAUGAUUGACAGCAAACCUAUUACAGAAAAUUCUAAAAAAGAAAAUAAACACACACACACAUACUGGAGUCUGUACAGUAAAUAAGGUGCCAUAGUGUGAGGCUAUAAACUGCUGUGAAAAAUUCCAAUACAGAGUAGGAGCAUUGUGUCACUAGGAAGCCUCUCAGCUCCAAGGGCUACUGCCCCCUUAUUCAGUUGUGGACUGCUCCACGCUAUUAGAUUUCUGUUGCACUUAUAAGGUUCAAACUUAGUACAUGUACAUCCGUGACCUAAAGCAACAUGUUACAGUUCUCAAAAAGAAUAAAAUACUCGAAAAAAUCAUCUUUGAAGAGCUGAAGAAUUUCAAGUGCUGUUAAGUAAAUAAAUUAAAAUUUGGUACAAAUGUGCUAAAUGCUGUAUUAUUAAAUUAUAAAAAAAGCAUCUCAGUAACGCUGUUCAAUCCCGCUCUUAUUGUGGAUACUGGCAUUUUCUUGCAAUUAGUAAUGAUAAAAUAAAGCUGAUUUUACUUAAAAAUUAUGAUUCAGUAUUUGUUACCUAACAUUUAUAUUUGUUAAUAAAUGUGAAAUUUAA